AAUCAACAUGCAAAGAUUGCAUUGCUAUAUCUCAUUCAUCUUUUUCACUUUCCACGUGCUUUCCUCAAACUAUUGUUCCUUAAACCAACAAUGAUUGAUAGCAACUCCAACCUUCAAAGCACUACACAUUCCUUUGCAUGUAAGUAUCAUCACCAAUUCGUUUAAUCCCAUUUUCAAUUCCAAAGACCAAACUUUUUCUCAAAAAAGUUAAUCCAAAAAAAGCAUUGUGAUGUGUGAGUGGUAGCCUUAAUCCCUGUUUUCUUCCAUUGUUUAUCACCAAAAAGAUAACAAAGCACUACUCUGUCUCUCUGUUCCUUUCUUUUUCUUUAUUCAAUUGUUUCUUUUUACCUUGCUAUUAGAGCAAUUCCAAAACCUCUCUCUCAAUCAAAGUAUCAAUCUUUUUGGCUAUUUCUUCAACCCCAUUUCAAAAAGAUGACAACUUUAGUUUCCUUAACUCUUCACUCAAACCCCAAAUGCUGUUUUGCUUUCUGGGUCAAGAACAAUAUUGCAAUAAAGGAAGAAAAAUUUAAACUUGCAUUGGUUUUGGUGUUUCUGGUGGUGGCAGAAACAUGGCUAGCACCAGUGGAACAAAGGGUCCUUUUGAGAUCUCUAGACAACCUUCUAAGAGGAUGAUAAGGGCACCAACAAGGACUGUUGAGUUGCCUAAUGAAGAGAAUAUUAUGGAUAGUGAGAUUGUUCCUUCUUCACUUGCUGUUCUUGUGCCUAUUCUUAGAGCUGCCAUUGAUAUUGAAGUGGAGAAUCCUAGAGUUGCCUAUCUUUGUCGCUUUCAUGCAUUUGAGAAGGCUCAUACAAUGGAUCCAACAUCAAGUGGCCGUGGCGUACGACAAUUCAAGACUUAUCUCUUGCACAAGCUCGAAAGGGAAGGGGAGAUAACGGAGAAACAUACUAAAAGAACUGAUGCCAGAGAGCUACAAAGUUACUACCAAACUUUCUAUGAGACUAGAAUCCGGGAUGGUGAAUUUACUAAAAAACCGGAGGAGAUGGUUAGGAAUGUUCAGAUUGCCACUGUGUUGUAUGAAGUACUGAAGACUUUGCUAACUCCACAAACUAUUGAGGAGAAGACAAAAAGAUAUGCUGCAGAUGUUGAGAAUAAGAAGGGACAGUAUGAGCAUUAUAACAUCCUUCCGUUAUAUGCUGUUGGUGCUAAACCGGUGAUCAUGGAACUUCCCGAGAUCAAAGCCGCAAUUGCUGCUUUAAGUAAGGUGGAUAAUCUUCCAUUGCCUUUGAUUCAUUCAAGACCUGAUAAUGAUGAUUCUACAAUGCCCAUGGAGAGGGUUAAAAAUGUGAAUGAUAUACUUGAUUGGAUUGCCUCGAUUUUUGGGUUUCAGAAAGGAAAUGUGGCAAAUCAAAGGGAGCACCUUAUAUUAUUACUUGCCAACAUGGAUAUAAGGAAUAGGUCUGCUUCUUAUGAGAUCCGUGAAGAAACUGUAGAGAAGUUGAUGGCUACAACUUUCAAAAAUUAUGAAUCAUGGUGUCAUUAUGUGCGUUGUAAAUCAAAUAUUAGGUAUGGAGUUGGUCAUGACAAACAACAAUUAGACCUGAUUUACAUUGCACUUUAUCUUCUAAUAUGGGGAGAAGCUUCAAAUAUUCGCUUUAUGCCUGAAUGCCUUUGCUAUAUUUUCCAUCACAUGUGCAAUGAUGUCUACGGGAUUUUAUAUAGCAACGCCAUUCAAGUGAGUGGAGAUGCAUAUCAAAUAGUAACGCGUGAUGAUGAACAUUUUCUGAGGGAAGUUAUAACACCUUUAUACGAUGUUUUAAUGAAGGAAGCAAAGAGAAGUAACAAAGGCAAAGCAAGUCAUGCCAAUUGGAGAAACUAUGAUGAUCUUAACGAAUACUUUUGGUCUGACAAAUGUUUUAAGCUAAAUUGGCCAAUGAAUCUCAACUCGGAUUUUUUUAGGCAUAAUGAGACACAAACAGCAAAUCAGGGUCGGGGCCGGGGCCGGGGCCAAGCCAGCACUGGAGCUGGGAAGAAGAAGCCUAAAACAAAUUUUGUUGAAGUUCGUACAUAUUUGCAUCUUUAUAGGAGUUUCGAUCGAAUGUGGAUUUUCUUUAUAUUGGCUUUACAGGCAAUGAUUAUAAUUGCUUGGAGUAACUUGGGACUUAUUGGAGUGCUUACCGAUGAUGAUGUCUUCAGAAAUGUUUCUAGUAUAUUUAUUUCAUACGCUAUUCUCAAUUUUCUUCAAGUAACUAUCGAUAUUAUUCUCGUCUGGAAUGCAUUGAGGAACAUGAAGUUCACUCAGUUGCUUCGGUAUUUCCUGAAGUUUGUGGUAGCAGCGGUUUGGGUUGUUGUUUUGCCAGUGAGUUUUAGUAGUUCUCUUCAGAAUCCGAGCGGUCUUAUAGAAUUUGUCACCCACUGGGCUGGGGACUGGGGGCCCGGGUCACUUUAUUACUAUGUCGUUGCAAUAUAUAUGAUACCAAACAUAGUGGCUGCAAUACUAUUUUUCCUUCCACCCAUGCGGAGAACAUUGGAGCGCUCAAAUAUGCGAAUCAUUACCCUUUUAAUGUGGUGGGCUCAGCCAAAGUUGUAUGUUGGUCGGGGCAUGCACGAGAGCAUGUUUUCACUGAUUAAGUACACGCUCUUCUGGAUCAUGCUUCUAAUUAGCAAGCUAGCAUUCAGUUACUAUGUCGAGAUAUCACCUCUUGUUGAACCAACAAAAUUGAUCAUGGCAAUGCAUAUAGAUAACUACCAGUGGCAUGAAGUCUUUCCAGAGAACGAUAUUCACAAUUUAAGUGUUGUAAUUUCAAUAUGGGCUCCAAUUAUCCUGGUUUAUUUUAUGGAUACUCAAAUAUGGUAUGCCAUUUAUGCCACUUUGUUUGGUGGGAUUAUUGGAGCCUUCAGCCAUUUGGGGGAGAUAAGAACACUUGGAAUGCUCCGCUCCAGAUUUCAGUCUGUACCACUAGCUUUCAGUGAAAGCUUUUGGACGGGAAGAAACAGAAAGAAUAUACAAGAGGAAUCGGUACUGCAUUUCAUGUUUCAAAAUGCUGUUCUUCUUAUCCUUGAUGAAAUAAUACUAGGAAUCUUAUUGGUGGAGUUUCUUUCGCAGGAUGAUGCAUAUGAACGAGAUAAUAUUGCAUAUUUCUCUCAGGUUUGGAAUGAGUUUAUAAAUUCUAUGAGAGAAGAAGACCUCAUCGGUAACAGGGAUAGAGAUUUGCUUCUUGUUCCAUACAGUUCAGUUGAUGUUUCGGUCAUCCAGUGGCCUCCAUUCUUGCUUGCUAGCAAGAUUCCUAUAGCUGUCGACAUGGCGAAAGAUUAUAAGAAGGACGAUGAUGCAGAAUUGUUUAGAAAGAUUAAGAGUGACGGUUAUAUGUACUCAGCAGUUGUCGAAUGCUACGAGACUCUCAAGGAAAUCAUACUGAGCCUUCUACUAGAUGCAGAAGAUAGACAGGUUAUACAGCUCAUAUGCUACAAAGUAGAAGAAUGCAUAGAACAUGAAAAUUUUGUCAAAGAAUUCAACAUGAGUGGCUUGCCUUCACUAAGUGAGAAGUUGGAGAAAUUCUUAACUCUAUUGCGAGCUGAAGACAGCAAGUCUGAGUCUCAGAUAGUCAACGUGCUGCAGGAUAUUGUAGAAAUUAUCAUUCAGGAUGUUAUGGUCGAUGGCCACGCAAUUCUGCAUGCACCUCAGCAUCAUAAUGUUCAGAGUGGACAGCAGCAGAGGUUUGUUAACAUUGACACUUCAUUUACUCUGAAGAGAUCCGUGAUGGAGAAGGUUAUUAGACUUCACUUGCUUUUAACCGUCAAAGAAUCCGCGAUAAAUGUGCCCCAAAAUAUUGAAGCCCGCCGCCGUAUUACAUUCUUUGCGAACUCCUUGUUUAUGAAUAUGCCUAAGGCUCCUAAAGUUCGGGAUAUGUUGUCUUUCAGUGUUCUAACACCGUAUUACAAAGAGAAUGUUCAAUAUUCCAAUGAUGAACUCAAAAAGGAAAAUGAAGAUGGAAUUUCAAUUUUAUUCUACCUGACAAAGAUAUAUCCCGAUGAAUGGGCCAAUUUUGAUGAGCGCAUGAAAAGUGAAAAUGUUGACGAAGAAGAAGAUAGGGAGGAAUAUGUUCGUCAGUGGGCAUCUUACAGAGGGCAGACACUUUCUCGAACUGUGAGAGGAAUGAUGUACUAUUGGCAAGCCUUACUCCUCCAGUACCUCAUAGAAAAUUCAGGAGAUUAUGGUAUUUCUGAAGGCUACCGGACCGUGGAAAUCAACGACAGAGAUAAGAGGCUUCUUGAACAAGCAAAAGCUCUGGCUGAUUUAAAGUUCACCUAUGUCGUUUCUUGUCAACUGUACGGUUCGCAAAAAAAGUCUAAAAAUACUUUUGACAGAAGCUGUUACAAUAAUAUUCUCAAUCUGAUGGUAACACAUUCAGCCCUUCGCGUUGCGUAUAUUGAUGAAACGGAAGACACAAAAGGGGGAAAGAAAGUCUAUUACUCUGUGCUUGUCAAGGGAGGGGAUAAAUAUGAUGAGGAAAUAUAUCGCAUAAAGCUUCCUGGUCCUCCAACCGAAAUUGGGGAAGGGAAACCUGAAAACCAAAACCAUGCCAUCAUAUUUACUCGUGGAGAAGCUUUACAAACUAUAGACAUGAACCAGGAUAAUUACUAUGAAGAAGCUUUCAAAAUGAGAAAUGUAUUGGAAGAAUUUCACGCGCAUAAAGGGCAACGGAAACCAACUAUAUUGGGUCUAAGAGAGCAUAUAUUUACUGGAAGUGUUUCAUCACUUGCUUGGUUUAUGUCGAACCAGGAGACCAGCUUUGUGACCAUUGGCCAACGAGUUUUGGCAAAUCCUUUAAAGGUUCGAUUUCAUUAUGGCCAUCCCGAUAUAUUCGACAGAAUCUUCCACAUAACAAGAGGUGGCAUAAGCAAAGCAUCAAAAACUAUCAACUUAAGCGAGGAUAUAUUUGCAGGGUACAAUUCAACUCUUCGACAAGGAUAUAUUACGCAUCAUGAAUACAUACAAGUUGGUAAGGGGCGAGAUGUUGGUUUGAAUCAGAUUUCACUCUUUGAGGCUAAGGUUGCAAAUGGAAAUGGAGAACAAACACUUUGCCGUGACGUUUAUCGUCUCGGCCGAAGAUUUGAUUUCUUCAGAAUGCUGUCGUUCUACUUCACAACAGUUGGGUUCUACUUCAGCAGCAUGAUAACUGUGCUUACAGUGUACGUUUUCUUAUACGGGCGUGUAUAUAUGGUAUUGAGUGGAGUUGAGAGAGAAAUUAUUCAAAGUCCGGAUAUACAUCAGAGCAAAGCCCUCGAACAAGCCUUGGCGUCUCAGUCUGUUGUUCAGUUGGGUUUGCUUCUGGUGCUUCCCAUGGUUAUGGAAAUCGGUUUGGAGAAGGGAUUUCGAACGGCCUUGGGUGAUUUCAUCAUCAUGCAACUUCAGUUAGCCUCUGUGUUCUUUACUUUCCAGCUUGGAACGAAAGCUCAUUAUUACGGGCGAACGCUCUUGCAUGGAGGCUCUAAAUAUAGGCCAACAGGUCGCGGAUUUGUUGUCUUCCAUGCAAAGUUUGCUGAUAAUUACAGGAUGUACUCACGAAGUCAUUUUGUGAAGGGCCUCGAAAUACUUAUACUGUUGGUCAUUUACGAGAUCUAUGGAGAGUCGUACCGUAGCUCAACUCUUUAUUUCUUCAUUACAAUGUCAAUGUGGUUCUUGGCCAUUUCUUGGUUAUUUGCUCCGUUCUUGUUCAAUCCUUCUGGUUUUGAUUGGCAAAAAACGGUGGACGAUUGGACGGAUUGGAAGCGAUGGAUGGGAAACCGUGGUGGUAUUGGUAUUCCGUCGGAUAAAAGCUGGGAAUCUUGGUGGGAUGAAGAGAAUGAACACCUGAAAUUCUCAAAUGCCAGGGGGAAAAUACUCGAGAUUCUUCUCGCAUGUCGAUUCUUUAUCUACCAAUAUGGAAUCGUCUACCAACUGAAUAUUGCGCGUCGUAGCAAAAAUAUUCUGGUAUUUGCACUUUCUUGGGGAGUUUUGGUUAUAGUCCUUAUCGUCUUAAAGAUGGUUUCCAUGGGUAGACGAAGAUUUGGCACGGACUUUCAGCUCAUGUUUCGCAUUCUCAAGGCACUUCUGUUUCUCGGCUUCUUGUCAGUAAUGACGGUGUUAUUCGUUGUGUGUGCGCUUACCGUAUCAGAUUUGUUCGCUUCCAUUCUCGCCUUCAUGCCCUCCGGAUGGGCCAUUAUUCUGAUUGCGCAAACAUGCAGAGGACUCUUGAAGUGGGCGAAACUAUGGGCUUCAGUGAAAGAGCUUUCGAGAGCAUAUGAAUAUGUAAUGGGACUAAUAAUCUUCAUGCCAACAGCAGUUUUGUCAUGGUUCCCAUUUGUGUCUGAGUUCCAAACUCGGUUGCUAUUCAAUCAAGCAUUUAGUCGAGGACUUCAGAUUUCGAUGAUUCUUGCAGGAAAGAAAGACACUUACAACAAAACCGAAUGACAUGUUUAAAUGUACAUAUUUUCAGGCAGGAACUUGAAGUUUUCAGUUUGAAGAGAAAUGGAUCUACCAGUUAUCAGAAUUUUUUGGAAGUUCCGAUUAUUUUCUUGUCCUUUUUAUCUAAAUUUUAGUGACUUAGAACAGGAAUGGCAAAUGAAAAUCCAAAAUCUUGGUAAUGGAUAAAACAGCAUAUUGUAUAUGUAUCAUAUAGGUUGAUGUUUAUUUAUUUCUGUAUGUAAAAUAGAAAAGGAUUCAGACAAAUCAUUAUACCUCAAUUUAAUUCCAGAAAUUCUUUUGGUGUAACA